AUGAUGAUCGGAGAUAAUUCGACCGUAGAUUCACUUCCCACAGACGUUUCUCCAAUAGUUGAGCAACGAUGGAGAUUUCGUCUUCAACACCAAACCUCUUCUGCAAACGCUUCAGAUGCGGGAAUCCGUGUGGUGUUCAGCAGCGGAGCCUUGAUUUCUGUCGCGAGGAGAGGCGGGCCGGACCAAAUUCUCAGUCCUCCUUCCAUCCCCCAGGUUUCCGACAACUACUACAGGGCAACUCUGAAUUUCGAUGGAGGUUUUACACAGUACUAUCACCCCAAGAGCUUCGGGAGCGACCCGGGUUGGCAAGCUGCAAGAUCUUGGCCUCAAAAUAUCUGUAUGAACAUCGAUGGAAGCACGGGCAGCGGGGUUUGUGGCUAUAACAGCGUGUGCAGAGUUGUGAAUCAGAGGCCGGUUUGUGGAUGUCCCCAGGGCUUUUCACUGGCCGAUCCCAGGAAUCCGUAUGGCAACUGUGAGCCUCAGUUCGUGCAGGGUUGCAUCGAUGGUGGAAAUGACUACGACAUGGAGAUCAUGAAUGAUGUUGAUUGGCCUCAAGAUGACUAUGAACGAAUAAAUCCUUAUGUUUCUAUAUACAGAGAUAAUAGCUGCUGGAAGAAAAAGCUGCCCCUCUCCAAUGGCAGAGUCGACACUUCCCAAGGUUUAAAGGCUUUUCUCAAGAUCAGGAAACGGGAUAUUACUAUACGAAAUCCAAGACCAGGAAGAGAUCGGCAGACUCUGAUAGUUGUGAUAUCAGUGCUUUUAGGCAGCUCAGCCUUCAUCAACUGCUUAUUUAUUACUGCUGCUUGUGUCCUUCUUUUCCUCUUUUACAACGGAAAGUUCUCGGCACCUGGUCCUGUUCAAGAGCCUUCGCCUUCAAGCAUACGUUGCUUUACUUAUAAAGAACUCGUGCAGGCUACAAACGGAUUCAUAGACGAGCUAGGAAGGGGUGCUUUUGGAAUUGUCUACAAAGGGUCAAUUCAAAUCGGUACGGUUGCAGUGAAAAAGCUGGACAGAAUGUUUCAGGAUUCUGAUAAAGAAUUCAAGACGGAAGUUAACGUGAUUGGGCGGACUCACCACAAGAAUCUGGUGAGUCUGAUUGGUUUCUGCGAGGAGGGGCCUCAUCACUUGCUUGUGUACGAGUACAUGAGCAACGGAACGCUUGCAGACUUUCUUUUCGGGGAUCUGAGGGCAAGCUGGAGCCAGAGGACUCAAAUCGCAAUGGGGAUAGCGAAGGGGCUAACCUACUUGCACGAGGAGUGCAGCAGCCAGAUCAUCCACUGCGAUAUAAAGCCUCACAACAUUCUCCUUGAUGAAUACUACAUUGCUAGGAUAUCGGAUUUUGGGUUGAGCGAUGACGAGUGUUAUGUCUCCGGGGUUAAAGUGCCGUCCGGAAACAAUAACACCUCGCCGUUCGCCCAUUGCACCACAAACAAACAUGUUGCGCUACUCAACCAAACCAAUCUCUACAUGUAUGAGAAUGGAAAUUUAGAUGUGCACUUAGGCUUAAAUAGAUUGAUUGGUUAUGGGCAGGAAGAAUCUGCAAAAGAAGUUAAACAUGGGGAACCUGAUUCGUCUGUCCAUGAUUCUUCCCUAUCUUUAAGGAGAAUCUCAUUCUACUUGCAUAUGACGCUGCAGUCUGUCUAA